AUGUCGCAUCCCAGGUCGAGGUCCCCAUCAGUCCCCUCUGAGGGUGAGAUCGUCGAAUCAGGCCCAGAGACGAAGGCAACUGCGUCAAAACCUCCUCUUAAUGGCACCAGCGUUGACCGUCCCACCAGAGCUAGCCCAUCCUCUGCGCCCAGAUCUCCCGAGUCGUUGAAAGGCACUCGAUCGCCACCCCGGCAGAGGUCGCGGACCAGGUCGCUAUCGAGAUCCCGUUCUCGCUCCCCGUACAGAGAGAACAAGACCCAAAAGCGCAGCCACGAUGAUCCCGAAUCCUAUGAUGGUGGCUACGACCGACGACCCCGCCAGGAGCCUUCGCGACGUUACAGGUCUAGGUACGACGAAAGACGCCGUGACAGACCCGCUCCCAACCGGCGCCCAAACUCAUACUACGACUAUGAUCGCGAAGAGACCCAUGGAGAAGCCCUACGAUACAGUGAUGAUUACGACCGACAUGACAGACACAAGGACAAGAGGCAACGCACCCGCAGCCGCAGCCGAUCCCCUUACCGUGAAUCGAGAAAACCCAAGCAGUAUUCAGGCGAUGAACUUGAUUCAAACGUGGUUAAUGCCAGGUCUUCAACGGCUACCGGACGGCGCUUGCCCACUCAACAGUUGGUGAGGGAACGAGGAAAGGCUUCGGUCGUCUCUCAGGACUUGAGGCUUGGUGCUGAAAAACAAAAGAACCAGGUGCAGGCUUCUUCUAAUCUUCAAGCACAUGUGGCUGACGAAGAAACCACCCCUAACCCGGAGAUUGCGCAAGAGCCGGAGCUCGCUGAGCCCAUUAACGAAGCCGAUGCACUUGAAGCUCGCCGGAAACGCCGUGAAGCUAUUCGGGCGAAACACCGAAGCCAAGCGACGCCACUACAUCUCAAAGCACUGAAUGUCGGUGACGUUGAAACGGACUCAUCCACGCCUGGCACUGAGGCAACUAGCCCAAAGGAAGCAUCUGGUGGGUUUCUCUCCGACAAGCUUACCUUGAUAUCAGCGAGACUGACCCCUUUAAACUCGAUAGAUUCUCCACGAGCAUCUCCCUUUGAACAAUCCGGGGAGGCAUUCCCUGGUUUUAGUAUAGGAAAAGACAUGGACGUGGUCAACGCCAAUGCACCUCUUUUCGGUACUGAUAAGGAUGAUCCCUCUGCUGCUGAUUAUGAUCCAACUCUUGAUAUGAAGGAAGAAAGGCAAAAGCAUGCGAAUGUACAGAAUGAAAAGGACGACGUUUCCUCUGCCGCAUACGAUGAAACCAAGGCUAGCAAGCAGGACAUUCUCCUCCCUGAUGCUCCCCCGGUGCCAGCGCCAAAGGCAGAGGCAUUCGAUAUGUUUGCAGACGACGACGAUGACAUGUUCGCAGAGGAAGCGCCUGACGCCAAGCCGGCUCAUGCUUCGGCCACAGCUGUACCCCAGGGCAAAGAAUUGGACAUCAGCAUGAUGGACAACUGGGACGAUUCGGAAGGUUAUUACGCUGUUCGACUCGGAGAGCUGAUCAACGGACGAUACCAUGUCCACCAAAACCUUGGCAAGGGAAUGUUCUCGUCCGUCGUACGUGCAACUGACACCCAGACAGGUAGUCUGGUUGCCGUCAAGAUAAUUCGCCAGAACGCCAUAAUGCGCAAGGCUGGUAUGAAGGAGAUUGGCAUCCUAGAGCAACUACAGGAAGCCGACCCGGAGCACAAAAUGCACACCAUCAAGUUCGACCGAUACUUCGAUCACAAGGGUCACUUGUGCAUGGUGUUUGAGAACCUCAGCAUGGAUUUGCGUGAGGUCCUGAAAAAGUUCGGUAGGGACGUUGGCUUGAACCUGCGCGCAGUCCGGGCCUACGGCCAACAGAUUUUCCUUGGGCUAUGUCUCCUCCGCAAGUGUAACAUCCUACAUGCAGAUCUCAAACCGGAUAAUCUUCUUGUGAACGAGCAACGCAACAUUCUGAAAAUUUGUGACCUGGGUUCGGCGUCGCCGGCCUCUGAUAAUGAGAUUACGCCAUACCUCGUCAGUCGGUUCUACCGUGCCCCGGAAAUCAUUCUGGGUAUCCCUUACGACUACGCCAUCGAUGUCUGGUCCAUUGGCUGUACCCUCUUUGAGCUGUACACAGGCAAAAUUCUCUUCACCGGCCGCGACAACAACCAGAUGCUUCGCUCCAUCAUGGAGUGUCGGGGCAAGUACCCGCCGAAGCUCCUGCGCCGCGGAACCCUGGCGCCUCAUCACUUUGAUGAAAUGCUCAACUUCCACAGCGUGGAGCAAGAUAAGAUCACCGGCCGCCUCCACACCAAGAUUGUGGACUUUAAGAAACCGACGCGCGACUUGAAGACUCGCCUCAUGGCACAAGGAACACGCGGGAUGCCCGAUUCUGAGGUCAAAGAGCUGACAAUGUUCUUGGACUUACUCGAUCGAUGUUUGAGUCUCAACCCUGAGAAACGGAUCACGCCGGCUGAGGCUUUGAAACACCCGUUCCUGGCGCCUAGGGUGUAA